UUGUCACUAAAUCCCCCUACUUGACAAGAAAAAGACACUAAAGCCCCUUAACUGAAUGAAGCCAAUAUUAUAAAACCUCAAUUAAGAAGAACAUUAAGGUUUAUAAAUUAUAGAAGAUUUGAGAAAUUAGGAAAGAAAGAAAGAGAGAAAUGGCAGAUACGGGAGCUAGAAGGGUAUGUGACAAUGUGUGCGGCUGCACAAUUCCAUGUGCUGGUGAUUCCACUUGCAGGUGCAUAGGGAGUGAAUCCGCAAGUGAAGUUGAUCACACAACAUGUUCAUGCGGGGAGCACUGUGGAUGCAAUCCAUGUGGAUGUCCCAAGAAUGUUGCAACUGGAACUGGUUGCAAAUGUUCCUCUACUUGCAAAUGUACUUCAUGUCACACCUAAUAGCUAGCAAGCUAGGUGAAUCAGUUUACCACCAGAUAUUGAUCAACUAUGCUAUUUUAUUAGUUUAUGCAAUGUUAACAAUAAUAACUACUAGUUUUGCUUGGUUUUGUGGUUGAAUAUGAAGCUGUGUAUGUAUAAGAAUGCAUGCAUAUGCAAUUGAAUAUU